UCUGGGCCGAGUUAUCUCACACCGUCAUUCAACUAACCAAAGCAACAGAAUCAAGAUUCUAGUCUAAAAUGCAUCUCGACCACAAGAUCCCAUGGCACUUGAUUGCUUCUCAUUUCUCAAUCACUCCAAUUGAAAAAGAAGGCAACUAUAGCCUAGCUGCGCUGGGUUUGCCUGAUCAGCAAGCGGUUAUCGGCCACUUUAAUCGCGUAUUCCUAACAACUAUCCGGGAGUUCUCCGAUACCGAGGCGACGAAAAUUGAAUCAGCACCAGUCAGCGGAAAGCUGUUUUCCGACGAUGUACUAUACUUCGCUGAGCGUCACCUUGGCCUGGAGCCUCAUGAGGAUAACUCCGCACUUCACAACCCGCUGAAACCAUCGCAUCAAGAUCUCGAAUAUUGGAAACGCCGAGCGAAAGAUCCGGAAAGCGACUGUGAGCCUUGCUAUACCACGGCUGAUGCCAACCUGGCUGAUGCAGCCAAGAUGUUGGUCAUUGUCGCCGCUACAGCUGACGACAAGACCACGCGGCGUGAGGCGUUAUCAGCGCUUGUCCGCCUUGCCAAAAAGGUGCCUUUAUCAAACCUACGAGGUCUUCAUUGGGGUCAUGCCUUCGGACUCGAUCUCGUCGCGAGCGUGGCGCUGCAGAUGUACAUCUACCUGAACCUCAUUGAAGCUGUCGAGUCUCGGGCAGCAGAACGAGUGCCGUUGCUAUCUGUUGACAAUUUUCUGUCAUUUCUGAGUAACCAUGCUCUUGAGAACUAUGAUUUCCCUGCGCAGAAUAUCCCGCAUCGAGCAUUUUGGUUUACUCUUGGGGUUACUGAGUCGUGGAUUGCCGGUCGACGUAAGGGUACUCUUGAAGGGGACAUGCCGGUCAUCGAUCCGUUGGCAGAUGGGUCGGAUGACGCUCAGCAGAAGGCAAGAGAGGGGCUGAAGAGGUACUUGAAGGAUUGCUUUGCUAUUCUGUAUGUUUAUGACGUGGUUUUGAGAAAUGUGGUUGGGACAGAGAGGGCAGAUGAGCAUUGGCAGUACGAGCUUAAUUGGGUAUUCACGUGGAUAUGAAAUUAACGACUCUGAGAUUACACAAUGCUAUGGUGUUCUUCGGAUAGAUACCCAUCCAUGAUAGCCAUCAUUUAGUAAUUCAGACAGAUAGUAGGUUAGUUUUGUGGAACAACGUAUUAACAAGUUGGUUAUGUCGUCAAUCA